CAAAGACUAUGUAGUUCAAAAGCACGAAUGGAAUUUACGCGAGCGCUUUUGUAAACUCAAACCAUCCGUUUUUCGUAUUCUGAGUUUUGUGUGCUCAAAAAUGUGAUAAGAUAACACAAUCUGAUCGAAAUAAGCUGUCGGCGAAAAAUCGUGCACGCGUAAAUACACCAACAAAACAUAUUUUUUAAUGCGCCAAGUGUUUAAGUGAUUCAAAAGGGUUUGUUUUGAGUUGGGAAAAAUGACCACCGUCGAAUUGUACACGAAGGGUGCACGAGUAUGGAUUUCCCACCCGGAAAAGGUAUGGGAAGGCGCCGUGCUGUUGGAAGACUACAAGCUGAAAAAACCCACCCUGGACGUGCGAACAGACGACGAUGGCGAACUGAAAACUCUUCAAUUGAAAAGCGACAGCGAUCUUCCUUUUUUGAAGAACCCCGAUAUGCUGAUUGGUGAAACCGAUCUCACAUCAUUAUCCUACUUACACGAACCGGGAGUUCUGUAUAAUUUACAAGUUCGUUUCUGUGAAAGACGAGAUAUCUACACCUACUGCGGGAUUGUUUUAGUUGCUAUCAAUCCGUACGAUGAGCUGCGAAUUUAUGACACCGAAACGAUGCGGGCCUAUCGAGGCCAAGCGAUGGGCGAUUUGGUCCCACACAUUUUUGCCGUUGCUGAAGAAGCCUACACUAAGCUGGAGCGGGAAACGCGAGAUCAAAGUAUCAUCGUCUCCGGCGAAAGUGGAGCCGGAAAAACCGUCUCUGCCAAAUACACCAUGCGAUACUUUGCCACAGUUGGAGGAAACGCCACUGACACUCAGGUGGAACGCAAGGUGUUGGCUAGCAGCCCAAUAAUGGAGGCAAUAGGAAACGCGAAAACGACCAGAAACGACAACAGUUCCAGAUUCGGCAAAUUUAUCGAACUGCAGUUCAGUAAGCAAUUCAAUAUCAGCGGCGCUUCAAUGAGAACGUAUUUGCUGGAAAAGUCCCGAGUGGUUUUUCAGGCCCCGGAGGAAAGAAACUAUCACAUAUUCUACCAGAUCUGUGCAGCUAGGGAACGAUUACAGCAUCUACAUUUAGAUCAUCAGGAUACUUUCCACUACUUGAACCAAGGAUCCAGUCCGCAGGUUCAAGGGCUGAACGACUUGAAGGAGUUUGAAGAGACCGAAAAUGCUCUAACAAUGCUGGGUUUUUCCGACCAAGACCAGGAGAACCUGCUGAAGAUUCUUGCGGGAAUUCUGCACCUGGGCAACAUCGAAUUCAAGCAAUGCCUGAUCAAAGUGGAAAACGAACAGGACCAGGAAGGCUGCGUAAUACCAACGGCAGACAAACACCUCAGGAUCUUAUCCGAACUUCUGGACCUGGACAAGGAUGAGUUGAAGCAAUGGCUGGUUACAAGGAAGAUUGUUUCCAUGCGGGAUGUCUAUUUGAAGCCGAUGACCACUGAAGAGGCGGCAUUUUCCAGAGACGCCCUGGCCAAGCAUAUUUACGCGGAACUCUUCAACUGGAUAGUUUUGGUGAUUAAUAAGGCUCUGGAGUCGAAUAUUCCAAAGCACAAGUUUAUCGGCGUCCUGGAUAUUUAUGGCUUUGAAACGUUCGAGACCAACUCGUUUGAACAGUUUUGCAUAAAUUACGCAAACGAGAAGCUUCAACAGCAAUUCAAUUUGCACGUCUUCAAAUUGGAACAGGAGGAAUAUAUAAAGGAGGGAAUCGAAUGGAAGAUGAUCGAUUUUUACGAUAAUCAGCCCUGCAUCGAUUUGAUCGAAACCAAACUGGGAAUAUUGGACUUGCUGGAUGAGGAAUGCAAAAUGCCCCGUGGAUCCGACGCCUCCUGGACGGAAAAGCUCUACUCAAAGUGCAGCAAAUAUUCCCAUUUCGGGAAAAGUCGAUUCGGACGAUCCAGUUUCAUAGUGAACCACUUUGCUGAUCGGGUUCAGUAUGAAAGCAAUGGGUUUUUGGAGAAAAACCGCGACACAGUGAUAGAGGAGCAAAUCAACAUUAUUAAGGCCAGUGGCAACUCUUUGCUCAGAAGGCUGUUCAAACCCGAUGAUCAGAAGCUGCAAGUUCCUGGAGCUAAACUCAAGGUGGUGUCGGCCAAAGGCGACUCGGGAGCGAAGAAGAGCCACAAAAAAUCAGUGGGUUCCCAGUUUCGCGAGUCGUUAAAUGCCCUGAUGUCCACCCUGAACUUUACCACUCCUCAUUACAUCAGAUGCAUCAAACCCAACGAUACCAAGUCUGGGUUCGAGUUUAGCCCGAAACGAGCUGUACAACAGCUGAGGGCUUGCGGCGUUUUGGAGACCAUCCGAAUUUCCGCUGCUGGUUUCCCAAGUCGCUGGAAUUACGUGGACUUCUUCUACCGCUACCGAGUUUUGUGCAAAUUCAAAGACAUCAUCAGAAACAACAUCGAAAAAACGUGCUGCAACAUUUUAAACCAGUACAUCAAAAAUUCCGACAAGUACCAACUGGGCAAAACGAAAAUCUUCUUCCGAGCCGGCCAGGUGGCCUAUCUGGAGAAAUUGCGACUGGAAAAGCUGAAAGCCUGUUGCAUACUGAUCCAGAAGACCGUGCGCGGGUUUAUGGCCAAGAAAAAAUACCAGACCAUCCGAAAGACGGCGAUUCUGCUGCAAACACAUGCCAGAGGCUUGAUGGCCAGAAGAAAGGCCAAGACGAUCAGGACUGAAAGGGCGGCAAUCACUUUGCAAAGGUACAUCAGGGGAUUCUUGGCGCGGCGAACCUUCCAGCAGAAAAGACGAUGCAUUUUGGGUCUACAGAGUCGCAUUCGAGGACUGUUGGCUAGGAAGAACUUCAAAAUAAUGAAGGAUAAUGCCAAGGCGAUAAUUCUUCAAAAAUACAUCAGAGGAUAUUUGGCCCGAAAACGCUUCGCUGUACGCACAAGAUACAUCGUGGUAUGCCAAGCGGCCAUCCGAAGAUUCCUGGCUAGAAGACAGUACAAGCGACUGAGAAUCGAGGCUCGAUCCAUCGAACAUGUGAAGAAGCUCAACAAAGGGCUGGAGAACAAAAUCAUCAGCCUGCAGCAGAAGGUUGAUGAAAUUAACAAGACCAAUGCCGAGCUGCUUGGAUACCGGAACGAAGUCAAUGAGCUAAAGUCGAAGCUGAGCAGCCUCAAAGCGCUGGAGCUCGAAGUGAAAACCCUAAACAGCCUUAUAAUCGAGAAGAACAAGUUGGUUGAAAAGUUGCAAGAAGAACUGCGAGCGGAGAAGGAGGAGAAAGUUGACCUGGUAACAGAGCAGGAGAAAUUCAGGAAGGACGUUGAAAUCCAACAGGAGGUCUGGGCGCAAGAGACUGAGAAGCUGAAGAAGGAGUACGAGAACAUAAUAGAGAUGCUGAAGAUGAACGAAAAGGGGGCAGAAGAAAACAUCAAGCUUCGCCUGGAGGAAGAGAAGAAGGAGAUCCUGCAUGAAGCGGACCACGAGCGGCAAGCCUACCAGAAGCUCCUGCAAGAAUACCACGACCUGGAGCAGUACUGCGAAGAGCUGAGUAAGCAGGUGAACGCAGGCGGGCAACAUAAAAGGAAUCUCAGCGAUGUCAGCAGCACAUCCACGGUGGAUGUGAGCAAACUGUCCGAGGACCAUGGGUAUGGCUCAGUCAGAUCCACCGCUAGUACCAGGGAGAAGCUGGAGAACAUCGACUGGAAUGGUAAAAGCUCAUCAUUUCCUCCCUUUAUGAGUGGAUUUUCAACAAAAUUUGCAGGAGCAAAUGGGGAAAGUGCCACCAGCAGCGAUCCAAACCCUAAAGCUGAACCAGAGAACAACGUUGAUAUAGGAAUAGUACUGAAAUUGCAAAACAACCUUGCAGAGCUGGAACGGGAGAAGAUGCGGAUGCAAAAGCGACUGGACGAACUGGACAUGUCACCAAGGAUUGAGAGGGCGGAAAAUGCGGCAAAGGAUGCCAUCAAAAUCUCCGAGCUGGAACUGAGCAAUUCCAACCUAAAGUCGCAACUAAUGGAGCUGCAAGCGAGCGUAAACGAAGGCACCGGCAUCUCCAAGUUGCACCAACAACUGCAGCAGAUGCAGAUCGAAUUGGAUCGACGCAGCGACGAAGUGGUGCAAUUGAAAAGCAUUCUGGCCAAUCAAACGGAUAGCAUGAAGUCGAUCGUCAAUUCCAAUAACCGAUUGGGGGCGUACAUUAACGAAGAUGGAGAAUUGGCGCUGGCAUACGAAACGCAAAAGAGCAUCAACAAGCAGCUGGAACUGGAGCUGCAGGACGAAAAGACCAAAUAUAAGGCGCAUGAGAAAGAGUACAGGUUCGAAAUCGAGAAACUCAGAGAGGACAACGAACGGCAGCAACGAAUUCUGGCGGAGAAUCUGAGCGGGCCGCCACAGUCUCAGAACGAGUCGUUUAUGAAGCAGGAAAUUGUGAGGCUCACCAAUGAUUACGUCAAUGAGUUUGAUAAAAAUGAGUCUUUGACUCAGAACCUGAAGAAACUGCAGCGGCAGGUGAAGCUGCUAACGAAGAAACUCAAAGACACUCACAUAGAUGUGGAGGAAGCACUGCUGGAGGAAGAAAGGAAGCAUGCCAUGUCAGUCCCGAUAGGGAGGGCGCAACCAAGCAUUCGAAAGAAGGAUCGCGACUAUUUGGGCAUGUUUUCCUACAAAUCUGGAGAUGAAGGCGUGAUUAUGAAGAGACUCGUCUUAGAACUGAAGCCUCGUUUGGCCUUAACCCUUCUACCAGGCCUGCCGGCUUAUAUAAUCUUCAUGGGCAUCCGGCACACGGAUUACAUAGACGAUGAGGAAAAACUGAAAAACCUAAUAAUGACCUUUAUAAACAGCGUGAAAAAAGUGAUCCGCAAAAAGCACAACGAAGACUUCGAAUGCACGACUUUAUGGAUUGUAAACAUUUUAAGGUUAAUGCACUGUUUGAAGCAGUACAGCGGCGAAAGGCAGUUCCAGAUUAGCAACACCCCCACUCAAAACGAGCAAAGCCUGAAGAAUUUCGACCUGUCGGAAUAUCGGCAAGUUCUUUCUGAUCUUGCUGUUUGGAUCAACCAAGGAUUGACCCGCUUCCUGGAAGAAAAAAUCCAGCCCCUAAUUGUUCCGGCUAUUCUGGAACACGAAGAAGUUCCCGGAAUGAGCGGCAAAGCGAGCGGAUUUCGAAACAGAUCGAACAGCAUUUCCAGUCCAGCGGGAGGAGGUCCCGAAGCUAAACCCACCAGCUAUUUACUGCAGGAAUUGUCCAACCACUACAGGGUUUUGGUCUGCUAUGGAGUGGAUGCGCAGAUAAUCUCCAACAUCUUCAAGCAAGUGUUUUACUUCAUUUGUGCGUCUAGCUUGAACAACUUGCUGUUGCGGAAGGAGCUGUGCCAUUGGGCCAAAGGGUGUCAAAUCAGGCACAAUCUGUCGCACUUGGAAAUGUGGAUAAGGGAAAAAUCUCUGGAUGAAGGACCAAUUCAAGCGACGCUUCAGCCGAUAAUCCAAGCAGCUCAAUUGCUGCAGGCGCGUAAAACUGAUACCGAAGAAGACGUAACCAGUUUAUGUGAGAUGUGCAACGCCCUGACGCCGCUCCAGAUUUGCAAACUGUUGACUUUGUAUACGCCCGCCGAUGAUUACGACAAAAUUCCCUACUCAUUCAUCAGGAAAGUGCAGGAGCGACUUAAAGACCGUCACCAGGACGUUGAUCAACAAACAUUGCUCAUGGACAUCAAGCACAACUUUCCAAUCAAUUUCGCUUACAAUCCCUCGGACAUUCGUUUGGAAGAGGUUGAACUACCAAAUUGCCUCAACUUGCACAUGCUGGAAAAAUUGUAGACCAUGAGACAAAUAAUUUACUCGGCUUAAGACUGUAAGAAGUUCUGCCCAAAAGGCAGAUUUUGGGGAGUACCAGUCAUGCUUCGAAGGGCCUCUUAAUGCAAGCCGGGCCCACGAAACAGGGUUUUCAAGUGCGCAUUUCAAUACAAACUAGUCAGUUUUAUUUAUAAAUUUAGCUAUAAAAAAUUACGCAAAGUUACUCUAAACUAAGUGUUUAAAUUUUAAAACCACGAAUACAGCUGAAAGCCAUAGCUUGUUUUUCAUAUAUGUAAAUGUGUGUAUAUGGGGGUUGCGCUUUUGCGGUUUUUGGUUGCUCUUUACCGGUUAAGCAUCUAAAAGAUUGAUGUAUGUUACGUACAUAUUUACCGAAUUUUGCAUUAAGGAGCGAUUAAAAACCGAGCAACUUGCCCUGUCUAAUCAAUAAUAGGAAUCUCCUCGGUUCGAAACCAUUAAACUUGAAACAAUCCAGGAGAUUCCACUAAUAGCAAAUAAGUAAAAUGUACAGAAGUCUCGGAGGAAUGUUCCUUAGUUGUUUUCUAGCACGUUACGCAAAGCAACCUUUAUUAGCAAUUCAAUUCGAAUUCCCAAGCUCUUGGAUUGCGGUAGAGAAGCAAAUAACCAUCACAUACUUUAUGAUAUAUGAAUUGUUAAAUAUUUAUUAAAAACUUACAUUUCAAAUAGUUCACUAGCCAGGGUUAAAUCUCCAAUUAAAACACAGUUAGUCGUUUGGCAAGCUACCAAGUUAACUUCCCCCAAUAAAAAAUGCAAUAAAACUAUAAGUUAAUCAAACCCUGACGCAGCUAGCGAACUAACCCGUAUGUGAUUUAAGCUGUGCCUCCUUCUCGUUGAUUUGUUGAGAUAUAUUAGAGUAGGUUUUUUGUAUAUGUUGUAUUAUUUUGUCAUUUAGAGUAAAUAUUUAUUUAAAUUUACCAGAGUUGAAUGAAGUGUUUAUUGUAAGAGAAAUGUACUUAUUGUUGAACAUUCGGAUCAAUAUUGUUAAGACUAAACAAAGCAGAUAUUUAAUAGAGCGUUAUUUCUGUAUAGAUAUUUUAUUAGGAUCUAGGUAUACAACAGCAAAUUUACAUGAAUUAGUUCCAUUGGCGUUCAGCUUGGAUUUAACGAGUUAACUUUACUUGUGAUUUGCACUGUGAGAAAGAUCCACUACCUAUUUACAAAUGUAUAUUUCCGAUUAGAAGAUUUAGAACACUC